UCACACAUUAAAUUUGAAUCGCCGCCCAUUCAUGAUUUCCAGGAUCUUCUUUUUGUCUCCACUGUUCCUCGAGACCUAAUUUUUUCCUUGCAACCUUUAUUUGCUUUCUCACUUCCAUGUUGAGACAAGUGGCUCGCUCAUCGCUUCCCCACAUCACUGCUGCUGCCAGACGUCAAGCUAGACGCCAGGCUCAGCAAACUCGACAACUCUUGAUUUCCUCGGGUGUCAAGCGAUGCACUGUACCUGCUACCCAGCAGUUUCUGUGGAAGCAAUACGCUAUGUAUUCGACAGAAACCACCAUCGAGAACAAGGAAACCGAUCCUGCAGAAGUGGUGGUUGGUCAAGAAGAGGUCCAUGAAUUCAAAACAGAAACCAAGAAACUCCUUCAUAUUGUUGCAAAUUCGCUCUACUCUGAAAAAGAGAUCUUUGUUCGUGAAUUGGUGUCCAACGCUGCUGAUGCUUUGGAAAAGCUUCGUCACAGCCAGAUGACCGAUACUGAUCUCGCCUCUGAAAAGCCGCUUGAAAUCCGCAUCAGCUUGGAUCAUGAAAAGAAGCAAUUCAUCAUUCAGGAUUACGGUAUCGGUAUGACUUUGGAAGAGCUGAAUGAGAAUUUGGGUACCAUUGCUCGCUCUGGAUCCAAAAACUUUUUGGAAAAGCUCGAAAAAGAUGGUUCUUCCGGAUCCCGUGAAAACAUCAUCGGUCAAUUCGGUGUCGGUUUCUACUCGACUUUUAUGGUGGGUGAAAAGAUCAAGGUGUAUACUCGUUCGGCCAAACCUGGCUCCAAGGGUUAUUGCUGGACCACCGAUGGUCAAGGCUCGUAUACCGUGGCUGAAGCAGAGAAUGUGGCCGUUGGUACAAAGAUUGUCAUUGAAUUGCGCGAUGACUGCAAGACCUUUUCAUCUCCAUUGACCGUGGAAUCGAUCAUCAAGAAAUAUUCAAACUUUGUUGGUUUCCCUAUUUAUUUGAACGACAAAACUGUCAACACUGUCGAACCUUUGUGGACUAAGGAUAAGAAUAGCAUCACGACCGAUCAACACAAGGAGUUUUAUCGCUUCAUUGCCAACGCUUGGGACGAACCCCAGUACACCAUGCAUUUCAAGACCGAUGCUCCUAUUUCUAUCGCUUCCAUUUUGUACGUUCCUGAACGUCACAUGGAAUCGCUGGGUGAACGCCAAGAACCUGGUGUGUCGCUGUAUUCUCGCAAGGUCCUCAUUCAACCCAAGUCCAGAGGCCUGUUACCGGAAUGGUUGCGUUUCGUCAAAGGUGUGGUGGACUCGGAAGAUAUCCCUUUGAACGUGUCGCGUGAACUAUUGCAAGACAAUAUUUUGUCUCGUCUACGUAUGGUCAUGACUUCGCGUGUGCUCAAGUGGCUCGACAACGAAGCCAAGCGGGAUGCCAAAAAGUACAACGAAUUCUUUUUGGAUUUCGGCCAGUUCAUCAAGGAAGGUGUUUGCACGGACUCUAUGCAUAAGCGUGAUAUUGCCAAACUGUUGCGAUUCGAAACCUCGGCCACCAAGGAAGGUGAGAUGGUCAGCUUGCAGGAAUAUGCCGACCGCAAGAAGGACGAUCAGAAACGCAUCUAUUACCUUUUGACCCCGAAGCGUCGCUAUGCCGAAGAAAGUCCUUACACCGAAAUGUUCAAGAAGAAGGGCGUGGAAUUGCUCUACUUGUAUGAUACUGUAGAUGAAUUUGUUGUGGGUCAUUUGCGUGAAUUCCAAGGCUAUGAUCUUGUCGCUGCCGAUUCCGCCGAAGCGGCUGCGGAUCCUUUAUUGCAACAUGAUUCGGCUUCCAAUGCUGGUGAUAGCCAAGUGCUGUCCGAGGCCGAUGCCAAAGAUCUGGCCUCGUGGAUCCAGGACACCUUGGGCGGCGAUGCUGUCAAACAAGUCGAUGUUUCACGCCGUUUGGACAAAUUCCCUGCCAUUGUUUUGGAACACGAAAGCCCUGCCAUGCGCAAGAUGAUGCAAAUGAUGCAAGGCUCAGCGAAAUUGGGAGAAUUACCACCUUCUCCUGCGCGUCUUGAAAUCAAUCCCGAUCAUGCUGUGAUGAAGGGACUGUUCCACAUCCGUAAACAGGACCCUGCACUGGCCAAAAUGGUCGCUGAGCAGGUUUAUGACAAUGCGUUGUGUGCUGCCGGUGUCUUGGACGAUCCUCGCUCAAUGAUUACGCGUCUCAACACUUUGCUGGAAAUCAGUUUGAACAAGACCAUCGAACAGGAUAAAAAAGUGUCAUCCUCCUAAAGGAAAGAUGAUACUCACAUCAUAGAAAUCAUACCAACAUCAAUAGAGUUACGCAAAUUUUUUUCCACAACCGCUAAUAUAAAUUUAGACAUUACAAGCUUCUAAAUAUAGGAUCCUUCACUACGACAAAAGUGACAAUGAACAGAUAUGAUAACUGGAGUAGGCUUUUACUGAUGCGGAAAAAUGGGAAAAAUGAG